ACACUAUGAAUGGCAGUGUUUAAUAAUAAUAUGGCCAACGAUUCCUUUUAUCCCAAAAGCUUUGGGUUGAUUUCAGUCAGGCAUGUGUUCUUAUAACAUGACACGUCUGGGUGAAUUGCUCGAAAUGUGCUUUGUGUAACAGGUGCCUACUAAAUAACGCAUACACAAACGUGCAACAAAUGGCAAAAGCAUGUAAAUAUAACUGAUACUUUCUUAAACUGAAAGAGAAACAUAAAUAACUACGAAUUAUAACUUUUUUUGAACAGCACUGGUUAAUUAUUGGAUGCGGGCGAUUAAAGAAAACUCUCUUAGUAAGUAUUGAAUUUAAACGGAACCAAAGCUACGCUGUUGUUUCUAGUCGGAUAGUAUAGCGGCAGUGCACGCUAGGAUUAGCAAGCUAUCAGGAAAAGCUCAUUGGGGUCGCAUAAACUCUUUUAUGCGUUCAUUAAGGUUUUACUGAGAUUUCUAUAACGCGACGAAAAUGUUUUGGUACUUGUUGUUUUCGUCGAGGGAGCUGUUACUAGCAGUUAGCUGCUAUGUCGAGCUGCCUAGCCAAGCUAAGCAUGACUUAGGUUUACAAAGCUCGAGCAGUAUCCUUACUUUGUCAUAACGGGAUAUACAACGUUACGGGUCCUGCGUCUCUGGUGCUCUUCAGUUUUCCCGUGAAGGAAUGCGCAUGCGUAUGAGACUUAUCUAACAUCUCGUUCCACUGCGGUUGAGUCGUCUAUCUUUAGAUAUGCUUGAAUAUUUGUGUAAUCAGAGGUUGUUGUGAGGGGAAAAUUGGAAAUUGUGUAUUAGCAGGGAGUAUUAUAGACUUUUGAACCGACAGGGCAAUGACAGGAAUUCUGCGAAUGGUCCAUAGCUGUUUUUUGAGGCUUGUGCUUUUCCCAAGUACAUUUCGGAAUAAGCGUUCCCGUCCAGCUGCCUCUGAGGUUUUGACCUGCCAUCUUGACCAGCGCAAACUGCCACCCUGGACAUCAUUUUGUGUGCGCUACAGUGCUGUAAUCAAUGACCAGUUUGGCUUGUCCAACUUCAACUGGCAGGUACAAGGUGCCAACUACCACGUCCUCAGGACAGGAGCCUUUCCCUUCAUCAAGUACCACUGUACCAAAGCGCCUCCACAAGACCUUGACUUUGAAAACAAAUUCUUUGGCAUACUCAAGGUCAUCAACUUGGGUAUUCCAUGUCUGGCGUAUGGCUUAGGCUCAUGGAUAGUGGCUGGUGUAACAGAAACUGUGCACACUUCAGCUGGCCCAAUCACUGUUUAUUUUGCAUAUAAAGAGGUAGACGGUGCCAAGUACUAAUGCUGCAUGGAUUACUGCAGCAUUGUGUCCUUGCUACAAAAAUGAUACCUGAAGACUGAAAUGAAAUCUGUACAUUUGCUAUACUGAAUGUCAGACAACAGUACUGAUUUAAUAAAGCUUUUUUCACCAUUUUAAA